CCUGCGGUCACUCCGCUUCGAUGGACAGACUUUUUCUCUGGCGAAUUCUCUCCGGCAGACUCCCUCCGGCAACCUGAAAAAAUGUACUAGUGCGUUAAAAAGUGUACCAAUCUAUUAGUCUAUUGGUAAUUAAUAUAUCAGUGCCAGUGGUACGCUACUAGUGCGUUAAAAAACGUACCAGUGCUAGUGGUACACUACCAAUACUAGUGGUACGCUACCAGUGCUAGUGGUACGCUACCAGUGCUAGUGGUACGGUACCAUUACCACUUGUAGCGGUACCAUUAGCAGUACUAGUACCACUGGUAGCGGUACCAUUACCAGUACCACUGGUAGCGGUACCAUUGCCACUGGUAGCGUACCACUAGAGACUAGCACAAAAAAAUCAGAUCUGAAAUAUGAAAAAUCACAGAUCUGGAAAAAAAAUAGGGAUGACAAAAGGGGGAGGCAGGGGAGAGGCGGUGACCUCGUGGCGACGGUGGUGGUGGGAGACAGAGGGAGGCGGGAGGGUUGCGACGACGGUGGUGGUGGGAGGCCAUCGCGGCGGUGGUGGGAGGAGGAGGCCGCGAUGGCUGCGGGGCGAGGGACGUGACAGUGCUGGGAGGCGGAGGGCGCGACGACGGGAGGGCUGCAGCAAUGAUGAGAGGCGGAGGGCGUGGCGGGUCGGCUGCGACGACGGUGGUGGCAGCCGAUAGAGAGAGAGAGGGAAGAGAUGGGAGGAAGAAGAAGAAUAGGAAGAAGAAAGAUGGCGUGAGAGAGAGAGAGAGAGAGAGAGAGAGAGAGAGAGGAAAGAGAGAGUGUAGGGUUUUAGAUAUUAAUAGGGAUAAUAAUCUAGUGUGGUCAAUUUUUUUCGUCCAAAAAUACCCUUAAUCCAAUCUAUACCAUUGAUUUGAACAAAGAAGAAAGAGACAAGAGAGAGAAUGGAUCCUAUGGUUAUAAAAUAAGUUGUCAAUCCAACAACCCCUAAUGGGGUUGUCACCGUAUCUCAUCCCGUGGUAUUGUGUAAUCUGGAAUGGUAACUCUUAAUUGAUUCAAAUCGUUAAUACCAAAGCAGUAUAUGAUGCAUGAUUAGCUUUGGAGCAUGACUUCAGUUUACCACUAUAGUUCCAAGCAUACGAAUUUUAGACGGGAUGACAAUUUCGAUUUUUACUCUAUUUGUUUGGUUUGUUUUGAGCGGGUAAUACCUACUUUAUGGGAAUGACGUGACAGUAUGAAUACUCUUAUCGACCCGACCUGAUUUGAUUUGCCUCAUUCUCAAUCCCUUCUUGCCUAGAUUACAUGUAAUGUUAGCCAAAUUAAUCAGAACUUUCCUUUUAUUAUCUCAUAUUUUAGCUAUAAUAAAAUUACAAAUAAGAGAGAACCUCAUUUUUUUCAAAUAAUUUAACUACAUUUAUCACAUUAUGGUUUGUUUCUUGGUCGUUUAAUGAAAAUAACGAAUAUUUUUCAUGUUUUUUUUUAUAAAUUACAUACCCGUUUGGAUCGACCUGCCCAAAUCCGUAGCUAAUAUAAAUUAUCCAAACUGCUACGAGGUGUGUAUGGGUAUCCAGAUACCCGUCCUGGAUUUGCCCUAUUGCCUUUCCUAUUUCCAAGUGAAUACCAACUACAUUAUUACUACGUCAAAGAGAGAGAAAAUGCCAAUAUAGGAGUAAAAUCCCAAUCGGCCAUGUUCUACUUCUAAUUAGGGUUGUGCAACGGUCUGGUACAGAUUGAAACACAUUAUGAGAACCGUGAUUCAAUAAUAAUAAAAUUAUGAGAAUCAUAUCAUUAUUGUAUUUGGUUUGAUCCAAUAUUAUUUCAGUUUAUUUCUCUUCAAUAUUCAUAAAAUUCACGAAAUCAAAUAUCAUAUCACAUUAUAUUCGGUCAAAUAUGAUGUAAUCCAAAUAUCAAUUUGAUCCAAUGCAAUUAAAUAUGAAACAAACUAUUGCACACUAGGGGUGGCUAUUUGGACCGGGACCGGAUUAAAAACCGGAAACUGGACCGUAUAACCCGGACCGGGACCGGAUAGUAAACAAUCCAAUCCAAUCUUUGGGCUUAGAUUUGAGGUAAAAAACCGGAUAAAGACCGGAUAAGAGAGCUCAACACCCAAAACUUAAGGGUAAUUUGCAUAAACGGUCACAAACCUUUGCACUUAGUACAAAACUUAACCAACUCCUCGCCCUUUAAGGCCUUAGGCCACUCAAAUCCCACAAUCUCAAUGUAAAAUCAAGACCGAAUUGGGACCGGACCGGAUCAAAACCGGACCAGAUCAAGACCGGACUGUAUCCAAUCCAAUCUUCGGUCCUUAUAUUUUCAAAAAGACCGAACUGGACCGGAUCAAUUUGGGCCAAUUUAACCGGACCGGACCGUAUUGCCACCCCUAUUGCACACGCCUAGUAAUAUCGCUAGAGUUAAUCUUAUUGAGCCUCCCCUUUUCUUUUUGCAUCGUUCAAUGAAAUCUAUUCGUUUAUAAUGUCUCCAAGCUAAGCAAGAGUUUCCUGUGAAUUUGUCAAUGGAUCAUCCAGGACACAUUUCUCACUCAAUCAUAAGGUGGUUCAAUUAUGUGGGGAAUCUGUGAUUUGAAAUUCGUAACAUGAUUAAUCGAAUUAUUGGGUAUCAUUUUUUAUAUAAAAAAUAUGUUAAUUAGUUUUUUAAUCAAGGUAAGAUAAAAUU